AUGCGCAGCGACAGCAACGCGCAGCACGAGCAGGCUGGCACAGGACACCCGGCAGGGAUGCUCCAGACGCCGCAGGCCACCGGGACGGCGGGUGCGCUGAAGCGGGGGCCCCCGGAUGCCACACCUCAGAAUGCAGCUGCACCCCCUUCGCCCAAGCAGCAGCACGUCGAGGACAUGCAGCAGGCGGCGCCGCGGGCUCCUCGCCUAAUUCUCAAGUUUGAGGGGGAGUUGGACCUGCGCGGGCAGGACGUGAAGGGCGCGAUCGAGGCCCUCAAGGGCUAUAUUGCAGGAACACAAAUCAUUGCGACAACCAAUGGCAUGGUGACCAAGCUCAUGGUCGUCACGGGGCACAGGCGGCACACGCGCAAGGAGGACGGGCCCGUGAAGAACAAGGCGCCCCUGCGCAGGGCGGUGAGUUUGCGCAUCUCGGUGCAACGAGGGGGCCACUGCCGUGCAUAG